AUGAUGAGGAAACAAGAAAGUUUGAUUAAAAAAACAGGGAAUUUUGGUGAUUUUUCUAAUGCUGCCACAGCAUCUAUAUCGGAAAAUUCGGGACAGAGGAUGACACCUAGCCAAUCGAAGGUUUAUCCAAGUUUAAUGGCAAGGAGUUCACCAUUAUCUUCAUCUCCAUACUGUUCUUCCAAAUCAUCAACAUCUGCAUCCUGUAAAUUAUCCAAUCAAAUCACCAACACAAACAAGAAUGUAAAUAAUCAAGAUUCUGAAAAUCAACAACAAAAAAGUAUUGAAAGUGUAAAAAGUUCUUUUCACACUAGAACUCAUUCAAUACUUUCCCCUCAAUGUAAAAACAUUCAACCAUCACAGUCAACUAGCUCAUCAAAAACAAAUGAAGGAACAGUAACAAAACAUGUAAAGUUUGUUAUUCCAGAACGUAAAAUUCCAAAACCAGAAACAAAAAAGGAUAUAACAACUACAGUUCCAAAGUUGGCAAGGGAAAAACAAAAUCAUCGUUACAAUAUUAAUUUUUUUAAUAGACCAACAAUAACUCGAGAUGGUCAAACAGUUCAACCUCCCCAAACCACUCAACCUUCUCCUUCAUCUUUACAAAAUAAGAGAAGUUUUGAAAAUUUCAAAUCUAGCUCUUCAAAAUACGAGACAUCAAAAAAACAAAAGAAAGACAUCAAUAUGAUAAACUUUCAAAAGAAUUUAUUUGAAAUUCAGAAAGAGUUGUCAGAACAACCUUUCAUCUCAAAUGCCAACCCACUGACACCAUCUCCAGAAAGCAAUGGUCACUCAUCAGUAUUUAACAACAACAAUACUGUUCAGAAGGAGGAAAAUCUCAAAAUGCAAACCCCUCAAUACUCUAACACCAAUUUCAUGAUACUAUCAGACUCUCUAGAAAGUAUUACUAUAGCAGAGGAUUUAUUAACUAUCGACGAUUCAAUAGUGGAAGAAGCUAUAAGCAAGGUCUUUAAUUCAAAGCUUGGAAGAUCUUUUUCAUCAAGUACCAAAGAGAAGUACCUUCGUCAUCUAAUCAAUCCCGAGGAAAUUUCAAGGCUGGGAAUUAAAGAUUUAUUUGGAGAAUAUUACCCCUCAGUGGGAUAUUUUACAUUGAAAGAUUCCAAGCCAAUUUUCAAGCAAGUCAGCGAUGGUUCUUUGACAAACAUUACUGAAGGAACAGGGAAAUCAAUAUAUUACUCCUACUCUAGAUUAGCAAGAUUGUUAAUGAGUUUGGAUUUAGGACGAGCCAUGAUGUUUGUCAUCUUUUCUGAAGAUGAUUGGGAUCAUGAGGAAAAACGAGUUUUAAUUGAAAAAGCUUCUAUAGAUGGAUUUAAGCAUUCCUCUAUCGAGUACAAAUUCUUUGGUACAAGUAAUUCUGGUAUUAAUGGGCAUACAGCUCUGUUCAUUGACACUCGAUUGAAUUUUGCUAAAAUACAUGACCUGCUGGGAGAUUUUAGUGAGUGUGCCAAAGCUGGACCAAGGAAAGCUUUCAGUCGUAUUGCUCUUGCAUUAGGAAAAAGUUUUCAGAGUUUAGUCGAGUUGAAAAAGGAAGAAUUAUGGGUUCUGUACGAUGAAGAGGAUUAUCCAGAUGGUGCAGGCUUCAUGCAUGAGGAUUACUUUCAAGAUAUUUUGAGAAAUACAAUUUGCACACCUUAUUUUGAAACAAGGAAAAACACAACUGAAGCAGUAUUUAUGGAUUGUAAAAUUGAGGAAAUUGUUGCAAUGCAAUUCAGAGCAUUGGGAAUGAAGGGCGUCUUUCAGUCUAUUCCCGAUGAAUAUUGGAAGGAACUUCAAACGAGGCAUGGCUUUCCAGAUACUGUAAAAUGCGUGGCAAGACCUUCAAUGAUCAAAUUUAUGGGAAAUUCGGAAGUUUAUAGACAUUUUGAUGUUUUAAAUGUUUCUAGAAUUCAAGGAGGAUCCAUUAAUAGAACAUUCAUGUCAUGUAUGCUUAGAAGAACAACUAAUAAGGAGGCCAUGCAACAACUUUUCGUUAAAAUGUUGGAUGAGUACAUCAAGAGUGAAUCCAAUAUUCUAGAUACAAAAUUCCUCUACAACUCUCUCCUUUCGAAUGAAGUUUUCGAUAAUGGAGAUUCCGUUUAUAGGACAAUCAAGAAUUUACUCUUGGCAGGAUUUGGAAUGGAAAAUCCAUUUGUUUACAAGUACAUUAAGAAGAGAAUCAAGGCAAGAUUUCAAUCCAUGAUUGAUAACAAGCUGUGUCUCAAGAUGAAAUCAAAAUUCUCAGUAACUCUGAUGGGAGUCAUAGAUGAGAGUGGUGAGCUAAAUGCGGAUGAGGUUUAUAUUCCCUGCCUCAAAUUGCAAGAGCAAUUAAUGAGGGAUUAUUACAAAUUGAAAGAGGUGAUUGUCUAUAGACAUCCACUUGCUUACGAAGGAGAUAUUGCCAAGUUGAAAUUGAGAAAAGAUCCAUGUAAUGAAUUUCUAGCAUCUAGAUCUAAUGUCAUUGUAUUCCCAAAGGUUUUCAAAGAGAAAUCUCCUCAUCAAUAUCUAGCAGGAGAUGGUGAUGCUUAUGAAGUUGUUUUUGAUAUGGAAAUUUUGAAAUUAUUCGAUAAGCAUCCAAAACCAAUUGAUUACGAUGAAGGGAAGCAAUCCAGUGGAGCAACCUCACAAUCUAUUCAACCUGUUACCAAGUUACAACCUUGUGAUAUUAUCAGGGAACAUGUAAAAUGUUUUAUUCAAAAACAUACUCAUACAGGUCUCCUUUUCUACUUUAAUACUAUUGCCAGAGACUCUGACGAUAUCAAAUUAAAGGUUGAUCUAGCCAAAGCAUAUUCCCAUUCUAUAGAUGCUAUGAAGGGCUUUGAGCAGGAUUUUAACAAACUCAUUGAAAGAGCACGAGCUUUACCAGUUCCAUACUGGUAUCAACAAUGGAAGUCGGUAAAGGUUUCAAAAUGGGCACCAACUGAUGCAAACAUUACAAUAUUUGAAAAUUUAAUGUUAAAUAAGGUUGUACAUGCCUAUCAGAAAAUUGAAUUUAAAAAGCCAGUAGAGAUUGAUCCUGAAUUAAUUGUUGAAACGCCAAAGGACACAGUCAUGUGGAAGCUUGAUUUUGAUAACACGUAUCAAAAAUGGAACGAGUAUUGGAAAUCUAAAAAGAGAGUAUUCGAGUCAACAACACAAGUAGAAUUUACAUUCAAUGAUAGAUUCUUCAAUGAACGGCUCAAUUCAAUUAUGGCCAACACGAUCUCUCACCAAAAGAACAAGUACCAUAGCGAUGAACCAGAUUGGCACCAAUUAUUUUGUGGAAGUACUGUUGGAAAACAACUCGUAGCAAAAGCAAGUUAUUGGAUGCAACUUGCCUACGAGAAGGAAAAGGAACUUGCACAAAAGAAAAGAAGGGAGAGUUCAAGAAAUCAAUUCUAA